AUGUCAAAUAUAAAUCUUUGGCUUUUCAUUGCUAUUUAUUUUCUAUCGAUUGACACUGGAUACUCAAGAGCAUCUUUAGGUGGUUUCUAUUCCCUCUCAAAUGUUUAUGACCAAGUAACAAAUCUAACUCAAAUGCAUCCACACAUGAUUUCUUCAAGAACACUAAACAAGCCCGUUACAAUGUCAAGUGCAAAUUCAGUAGUCGCAAUACACUUGCUAAAUGAAAAUAGCUUAAUUCCCCUCCUCCGUGAGUGAACAAAAAAAUUUUGUUCACUCACUGGGGUUAAUUUUUUUUUUUUUUAAUAAUUUAUGUAUAAAUUUGAUAAAAAACACAUAUUUUUUUUUCGAAAUUUAAAAAAAUCUUAAUUCGCAAAAAUUGGAAAGCAAAAUUAAUUCAAUUUAUAAAAUUUAUGUUUUAAAAAAAGCAAUUCGUUUAAAAUUAAACAGAAUUAGCACUAGAUUUUAUUAUACUAAUUAUCAUUUAUAUAUCAAAUUUUUUUCCAUAAAAAAAUCUAUUAAAAAAAAUUUUCACUUACGGAGGGUGGGUUUUUUGGCAAAAAAUAGGGAUUUUUAUAAUGGUUUUGUCCGCUCACAGAGAGGGGGGAGUAAGCAAAGAAUAUCAUAGAAUUAUUGUACUUUCUGCUGGCCAAUACACGUCUCAGCCUUUAUCUACUUCAAUGAUAUUUUAUUUAAUAGAUUUAUUGUGCAAUCAAAAUAAUUCUGAUCCAAGGCUGAAUUAUUUAUUAAACACUAAAGAAUUUUGGUUUCUGCCAGUUAUCAACCCAGACGCCCUUGAAUAUGUCGGAUCAUUAUAUCAGACUGGCUAUAAUAUUUCAGCCAGAUAUAAAAACCUAGAAACAAACUCAUGCUCUAACAACUCUGCACAGGGAACAAAUUUGAAUAGGAAUUACGACGUUGCUUGGAGUAUCAAUAGCAAUGGCUCUUCUAAAGAUCCAUGCAGCUCUAACUUUAGAGGGGACAGUGCAUUUUCGGCAAGAGAGACACAAGCAAUAAAAAGUUUUUUUGAAUCAAUUGUGGACUCUUUGGACUUAUGGAUUCAUUUUGAUGAUUAUGGAAAUAACUACUAUUCGCCAGUUUCUUUUAAGGAAGGGACUUCAAAGGAGCUGCUUCAAAAUUCCAGCUGGCAGUAUAUACUUGAUCAAGCUAGGCAGACAACUUCAUUAAUUCCAGCUUCAGUUGGAAGUUAUUAUGAAAUUAAUAACAGCACUCAAAAUGGCGCGCUUAUUGAUUUUAUUUAUAAUAACAGCCAAGCUCUCACAUUAGAAGUCGCAAUCGGACCCAAAAAUCCAGCAAAAUCAAUGAUAAAAGGGUAUUUAGAUGCUCAUGUGCCUGCUGUUGUCGAAUUAAUGAUAAAUUCCGGAUUUUAUUUAGAGUAAUGCCUAUAUAGUUUGGCACUCAAAAGAAUUAGCUACAUUAAUUGUUCAGAUAGCCCUAUGACAUGUAAAAAUUCAGCAGCGAAUAAAAGCAUGGUUUUUGAAUUGUUAUUGGUCAAUUCUGGAAUAGAAGCAUCGCCUAUUUCAAAAAUUUAUUUCAACUCUGAGAUACUGACAGCUAAUUCAUCGAUCACAAUAGAGCCUGGCUACUUCUCACAAAUAAAUUCGGAUUUAUUCAUAAAUAUCAGUAGUUCAUCCUACUCAAUAAGCCAAAAACUUUUCAAUGGUUCUAUUAUUUUCGAUUUGGGAACUUUUCCUCCACAUCACUCAGCAUAUCUAAAAAUAAAUUUAGACCAAAUUGAUCUUCGAGAAGCAGAUAAAAAUGCGACUGAUAUCUUAGCAUAUUCAAUUUAUUUAGAAUCAAUAUAUAUCAAUACCACUUUUAUUGAUCCAAAAAACAGUAUCCAAGGAACACAAAAUAUUGAUACAACAGGAAGCAAGAGCAGCUAUAGUAAAAAUGAUAGCGAUGAUAUAAGCUUAUCUGGAAAAGAAAUUGCUGGCAUUGUUAUUGGAGUUAUUGGAUUUUUAGCACUUGUUAUUGGGGGAAUCGUUUUAGCAAAAAUAUUAUUGAAAAGAAAGUUCACACCUCCGGCUCUAGAAAUCACUACACUGGAAGAAGCAAACGAAUCAGGAUCUGACUCAAACCAUGAACGUAAAGGAUAUUCCACUCCUACUAAUAUAUAA